AUGGCUACGGAGAUGAUGAUUAGCAUCGUGAAUCCUGAGUCCCCCGACGGUAGCGACAAGCAGUAUGAAAUCAAGUACUUGGAGUACACGUUGUCAACUGUAGUCACAAUAAAACCAUCCUCAGUCGACAAGUGGAUCUCCGACAUAGAAGGCACCUACCACGACCGUCUUGACUCCCUUGUAGUAGGCCUAGAUAUUGAGUGGCUUCAUAACGAUUCUAAGAAAGUCGAACACCGUGCUGCCACGCUCCAACUGUGUGUAGAAAGCAGCUGCUUGAUUUUUCAGAUCAUACACGCCACUGAAAUCCCUAUGUCGCUAAAAAACUUCCUCAAGAAUCCGCAGUACACCUUUGUCGGUGUUGGGAUCGAAUAUGAUGCGGAGAAGCUUUUUAGGGACUAUGAACUUGUGGUUAGGAGGAAAUCAGAACUAAAGACUUUGGCUCUGGAGGAGACAGGUGUAAAAACCGUUGUCAACAAAGGUUUGACUGAGCUGGCAGCAAUGGUCCUUGAGAAGGAUAAGGAGACGAUGAAGCUGGAAUCUGCCACCAUGAGUCCAUGGGAUGACAAGCAGUUGACUCUGGAGCAGGUACAGUAUGCGUCCCUCGAUGCAUUCCUGAGUUUUGUGACCGGGAAGAUAUUGCUCUUUGGGAAGCAAAGCUGA